UUGUGUUUUCGAUUGCUCUGCGUGCUGGUCGCUCCUCCAAUUCUCCGACUCUACGAUUCUCCGAUUCUUCGCGGCUACUCCAACUCCCAUUCAUCCGUCUGCUUGAUUGUUUGUUUUCUUCGCUGCACUUUUGCGCGCGCGCAACCGCCGAUAAACAGAGAAAAACCAGGGAAAAUCUGCGAAAGAACACUGGAAGUGCAUUUUUAAUAGACGAUUCUGUGAAUGUCUCUUGAUUGAAACAUUUACUUUCGUUUUUUUUUUUAAUUUUGUUCUGUUAAGUGUUGAAAAACUCAAUUUGCAACGACCGCAAUAUAAACUUUUAAGCAAAAUGCAGCAGAAAGUUGAAGAGAAAAUCGAUCCCCUGACGCGCAUCCAGGAGGAGAUCAAGGAGGUGGUGCGUCGCGAGGAGGAGUACCGCCAGUUGGCCACGCUCUCGUCGAGCACCACACCCACCAUCACUUCCGCCUCCUCGGGUCAGCUGGUGGACUUCGAGACGUACACUGUGAAUGGCAAUGGCAAUGGCAUCGACUUUGAGCCGAAACUGGACCAGGAAGAGGAGAUCAGGGACCAGGAUAAGGAUAAGGAUCAGGAGCAGGGCUUACUGGUGACCGCCCAGCCGGUGACCACCUCGCUCCUUUUGCCCAUCGACGAGCUGUCCAACACACCGUCGCUGGCCUCCAGUGUGAACAGCGCCAAGGAGGAGAGCCUCGAUGGCCAGCACUCGGAUGACUCUGGCAUCUCGGCCUCCUCGCAGAGCAACAUCACCGCCAAUGUUGUGGCCAAGCAGCCGCUCAAGCUGACCGUGGUGACCCGCCAGGAGCAGCGGUACAUUGGACCCAAUUGCUACAACUUGACCCCUGACCCGCCGCAACAGAAGCUGAUCACCCGCACCAUCUCGACGCCCCAGCUGAGUGGUCUGCCCCAGAAGCGGCAAUUUGCCUUUGGUGGCGCCACCAAGGGAGUGAUGCAGCGCUUCAUUGCCUCGCAUGGCAAGCUGGCACCCACCAGCCCACUGCCGCCCGCCUCCCCAUUGACCCUGACCCUGACCAAUGGAAAUGGAAUUGGAAAUGGAAAUGGUAUUGGUGGUGGUGCACAGAAUGGACAGAACAACAACAACAACACCCUCAAGCUGAACACCCGCACCGCAAUGGCCUUCUUGGAGUCCGGCGGCUCGUCGGCGGCCAUCACCUCGGUGACCCUCUCGCCGGCGGCCAUCGAGCGGGACUCGGAGGGACGACCCCUGCGACGGGGCUACGUGCCCGUCGAGCAGAAGAUCCAGCGCGAGCUGCAGGACCUCAAGUCACGCGAGUCGGAGCUGAAGCGCCUGCGCAAGAUCAACAGGCAGAACACACUGAAGGCCUCCCUGGAUAAGCUACAACUCAGCACAGACGACGAGGCCGAUGCGGAUGACGAUGACGAGGACUCCGAGGUGGAGCACUGCUACGGGCCGGGAAAACUGCGCAACGCCCAGUCGACACAGGAGCUGGACAGGAAUGGAAACGAGCAGGAGAUCGUCCACAAGCCCUCCGGCAAUCGCAGCCUGAACGCAGCCGCCUACAUAGCCAAUGGAUUGAGCAAUGGGAAUGGCCACGGAAUGCGUCCGGCGAUGUCGCUGGCCCAGCUCUGCGACCUGACGCCCGAGGAGGCGCCCUCGUCGCGGGGACUGAUCGCCCAGUGGGAGAGCCUGAUCAAGAAGAACGCCGAGGUUGGAGCGGUCGAGGCGAUCAUCUAAGGAACUGGGGUCUGGAAAACCCCCAAAAACGAUAGAAAACAACCUACACACACACACACACACCAACGAUCUGGUGCAGAGCAGACCAAAUUAUUAUUGUAGUGUCCACACUUAUACACUUGAUCCCCUAACUUCUCCAAGGCCACGUCCACGUCCACGUCCACGUCCUCUUCCACGUCCUUGUUCUACUCCUGCGAAAGCUGCUUAUCAACGAAUUAAUCUUAACGCCUACGAAUGGCAAUUGAAAUUAUAACUAAAUUGAAUUGCCUGUACUUAAAGCGAUUUAUGUGUUAUUUAUAAUGUGUACGCGUGCGUGAACUGUCCGAGAACUCUGUUGUAUAUAUAUAAUUCUUCGCGUUUCCAGUGCGAGUACAGUCGACUUGCUUAUAAUUUAUUACAAAACAACUUUAUAUAUACCUUAUAUAAAUAUAUAUAAAAACUAAAUACUAUAUGUACGAAACCCAUAUGCGAAAACGAUUUAAUAAAA